AUGGACGCCUCCCUCCGGUACUUUUAUCGUUUUCAAGAUACUCCUUCCGCGGUUGCAGAUGUGGAAGAGAAGCUGCUACUCCUCAACCAGAUGCUAGACACCCUCAAGGAUCACUUAUCGUUGGCUCAGCAGCGCAUGAAGAAGUAUGCGGAUGCGCAUCGUCGUGAGGUGACCUUUGCUCUAGGGGAUCUAGUGCUCUUGAAGCUACGGCCUUACUUUAUGAAGUCCCUGGCCCGACGUCCACAUGAGAAGCUGGGGCCACGUUUUUAUGGACCGUUUAGGCCGUUCACGGCGACCUGCGAAGCUCAGCUCAGAUCUAGAAGGGAAGGGGGUUGUUGGGCGAACUCUUGGGGAAGAUCUGAUUUAACCAAAGGACGUUAUUGGUCUGGAGGAGGACUGCGGCAACAGAUGUUUGUGGAGCUGAAGGAAAUGGGCGGAAGCAGUAGGCCUUCAGAAUCUUUCAAGACAAAUGAACAGUCUGCGGAGAAAAAGAAAGGCUUUGCAGAUUGGAUGAACUUGAUAAAGCCUGCCAACGAGGAGAAAGAUCAUUGGGUCCCAGAUGAAGCAGUUUCAAAGUGUACAGCAUGUGGAACAGAUUUCGGGGCUUUUUUGCGUAAGCAUCAUUGCCGAAACUGUGGAGACAUUUUCUGUGACAAGUGUACCAGUGGCAGAAUUGCUCUAACUGCAGAUGAGAAUGCUCAGCCUGUUCGUGUGUGUGAUCGCUGCAUGGCUGAAGUAACUCAGAGGCUGAGUAAUGCCAAGGAAGCCGCAAAUAAACCUGCGGGAUUGCAGAGUCAUGAGGAUCUUGCUAGGAAGCUUCAGGAGGAGAUGGAAAAGAACCGCAAGUCAUCUUCAGGAUCGAAGUCCGACGGGUCUGGGAGGCGGAUGAGAGAAGUUGCCUGUCCAAUUUGCACCGUCCAUUUACAGGUUCAAGUUCCCAGCUCGGGUUCGGAAACCAUCGAAUGUGGAGUUUGCCAGCACCCAUUUCUUGUCAGUGCUCAUUGAUCUCUACAUUUUUUUUAAUGGCUUGAGGAAGGUCCCGAGUUGUUAUUUACGGAUUUUCCAGUUGAAUUUGUUCUAGAGGUUUACAUGCUCUUUACUAAUAAUUUGCUACGUAUGCAUAUCAUUUGCGUAUCACCUCCCGUGGUUUGUUUUGACCUGAUGGCAGUUGCUUCACAUUUUUAGUGUGUAAAUUAAGAUUUUAUUGGGAAGCCCCAUCAUCUGGGCCACCUUUUCUUUCUUUUAAUGUAAAUCGACUUAUCUGUGGAUAUUAUACAUGUAAAUUUGCUUACUUACUAAUAACUUUUACUUGCUAA